AUGCUUAGUUCCGUUAUUCUGACUGUGACUGAAUGCUCUGCGGUCCACUAUGGAUAUGGAAAGCAUUCUACGUAUCUCACCCAGCAUAACAGGGUUAUCGCGCUGAAGUGGUUCUUCGCUGCCCAGGUUAUGUACAAAGUCGUCAUUGGUCUGACAAAGGUUUCCUUUUUCUGCCUUUACCUGCGAAUCUUCAUCCAGCCUAUUUUCCGCCGCAUAUGUUACGGGGGAAUCGCGUUUAUAGUGGCAUGGAGUAUGGCAUAUAUCCUCGUCACCAUCUUCCAGUGCAAGCCAAUCGCAUCUUUCUGGGAUAAAACCAUUCAUCAUCCGCACUGCGUCGACAGCAAGUCGCAAUGGUUGUCAUAUGCCGUCAUCAACAUUCUCAGCGACGUCGCGAUUCUCGCCCUACCACUAUACCCUGUCUCGCAGCUGAAACUGGCACGCGCGAAGAGACUUGCGCUGGCGUUAAUCUUCGGUCUUGGCCUAUUUGUCUGCGUAACGAGUGUUGUUCGAACCACCACCCUCGCCAAAUCCGCCGAAGACAAGGACCCGACCAGCGGCCCCAUCCCUGCCACAAUCUGGAGCGUCAUCGAAGCUAACGCCGGCAUCAUCUGCGCCUGUCUCCCCGUCUACAAACAACCGCUCCAAUACCUUCUCCCCCGCCUCUUCGGCUCAACACACCACAGCACCGGACCCACCAGUCGCAGCAAAUCGCGCCGCAAGGGCCAAGGCUACGCAUCAAACGGCGACCUCCAAGAUCCGCAGGAUAGUGCGUGGCGACAGCUCCACGGCAGCGGGGGGAGUUACUCGAAUACUGUGUCGACUCGCGGCUUCGAGAUGUUUACGCUUCGCGAUCAUAAGCAUAAACAUGAGAUCACCCAGGUGGUGGAUGUUAAGGUUGAGUAUCAGGAUGAUCGGCGGCGGUCGGAUGCGUCGUCGAGGCCGAUUAGGGAUAGGGAGAGCUUAUAG